CUGAAAUGUCAGUCUUCAAAGUAAAACAGUAAAAACACGUGUGAUUUUAAAUAUUGCCUUUAAGUCGUCUCGAAUUGUACCUCGUCAAUUACUUCUAAAUCAUAUUUUAACUUUCACGAAGUAAAGACUUAAAUACAAAAAUAUUAAGGUAAAAUAUUAAAAUGCCGAAGUCUAAGCGGGAUAAAAAAGUUUCCCUUACUAAAACAAAUAAAAAAGGCCUUCUGCUUAAGCAAAAAACGAUUGAUGAAAUCAGAAAUUCCCUAUCAAAAUAUGAACACAUUUUCUUAUUUACGGUUGAUAACAUGAGAAAUACAAAAUUAAAAGACUUGCGCAAUGAAUGGAAGGACUCCAGAUUCUUCUUUGGUAAAAAUAAAGUGAUGGCUGUGGCUCUUGGUAGACAGAAAACGGAUGAAGUGGAAGAUCAGCUCAACCAGAUUUCUAAGAGGCUGAAAGGUCAGUGUGGGUUGCUUAUGACAAAUAGAGAUGUUCCUGAUGUGUUAGAAUGGUUUAAGAAUUUAGAAGCAACAGAAUUUGCAAGAUCAGGUUUUAUUGCAACAAAAGAUGUCAUAUUACCACAGGGUCCGCUCCCAGACUUCUCCCACACUAUAGAACCACAUCUGAGACGUCUGGGUCUUCCUACAUCACUAGAAAGAGGUGUUAUUAACCUUAUAAAGGAGUAUCAGGUGUGUAAAAAAGGUUCAGCUCUCACACCAGAGCAAGCAAGUAUAUUAAAACUGCUUGGAAUACAAAUGGCACAAUUUAAAAUAGUUAUAAAAUGCCAUUGGACAAAAGGAAAAGGUUUCCACAAGGAUAUUGAAGUGCCAAGUGAUGAAGAAGGUAGUGAUAAUGAAAGUAACAAGGACCAAGAAGACGAGCCUAUGGAUGAUGAAGAGACAUAAUAUAUUAUGGCUAACUGUAUUAUAAAGUCUAAGAAAACGAA